AUGUCAGAGGUGAGCGAGAGCGUGCAUCUGUCAAUGAGGCGAGCGAUGCAAAGGGGGCAGCCGAGUCGAGCACGCCCAGACGAAGAGCGAGGCGAUCGACUGUCUCCUCUCAGUGUGCUUACGCUAAUGACCCCUGACCACUUCAACAGCACGAGUACAGAUUCAAUGUCGCCAUGUCUUGCGGAGGCUGCAGCGGGGCGGUCACUCGAGUACUCUCCAAGCUUGAAGGUGCGUGGCACAGGUAGGAUCGCAGGUGGCUGCGUGUGUGCUGUGCAAGGACCGAAGGCCCUGAGGAAAGGCUGUUCUGGGCAGACUACUUGCUACGCCCAAAAAAAGUCCUCCAGAAUCUGGCGUGGUAUGCCCAUUGAGCGCAAGAUCGUUCUAUGCGACAUGCGAUUCAAGCAUUAAGCGGGCUGCCCUGGCGAUGCAUCCUCGUUUCGUGCCAUUCGCAAGCCCAAGACUGACGUCGCGACAUCUCUCGCAUGCAUGAAUGCCACAGGCGUCUCCUCUUUUGAUGUAUCCUUGGAGACUCAGACUGUAGUGGUCAAGGGUACUGCUCCUUACGACACCGUUUUGGAAAAGAUCAAAAAGACGGGCAAGGAGGUCAGAGAGGGUCAAGUGGUAGCAUAG